GAGUGUAUUGCAUACUGAACUAGCUCCAUGCAUAUUUUCCCAAUGAGAGCUUUUCUAACUCCACUGGUGUUGCUGAUCUGUCAUUUGGGAGUAGCUAAGGACAUUCCAAGUGAAGAUGAAUCCUCUCACUUACAGACAGCCCUUCACUUUGACAUCAAGUCUGAGCUGAGAGAUCUGAGAGACAUGGUGGUGCAGCAAAGAGCAGAGCUGAGCCGCACCAUGACUGAACUACGAGACACUAAGACUCAGGUGGAGGUGCUGAAAACAGAGAACUCAGUAAUGGGGUCCAGGCUGAUGAGGUCUGAAGGACAACUUGAGGCAUUGAAGACAGAGAAUGCAGAGAGACCCAAGGUGGCAUUUUCAACCUCUUUGGGAAAAACUGGACACCAAGGACCAUUCAACACUGCCACCACCGUAGUCUACAAGAACAUCUUCACAAACACCGGUGAACACUACAACCAAGCUACAGGUAUCUUCACAGCACCUGUGAGAGGGGUCUACUACUUCAGCUUCACAAUGGGUGAUUUUCUCCAGUCAACAGUUAUGGGCCUAUCCCUGUUCAAGAAUGAACAGCUAAUAAUUCAUUCAGGGGAAGUAGGUGACCAUCAGCAGUUUAGGAAUGCAUCCAAUGCAGUCAUACUACAGCUGGAAGUGGGAGAUGUCGUUUUUAUGCAACUCCCUGCAAACUACAGGAUAUAUGAUGAUUCAAAUCACCGUAACACUUUUAUUGGCAUUCUACUCUUCCCUGUUUGAGAAAAGUUUUAAAUGUGUUGUGAUGAUGAACAUCAAUGAAGUGCUUUUGACCAAUCUUGUUUCAUUUAAUUAUU